CAAUUCUUGUCAAUGUAGGGUUAUCAGAGUUUGUAGCUAAAUACUUCAUAUCUUGUAGUGAUGUGGGACUUAAAAUUAGUCUUUUAGCCACAUAAUCCUAUUCGAGCUAGCUAAAUUAGCUAUUUCUGUAUAAUAGCCAGCUAACUAUCGUUAGCUAACUAGCUAACGUUUUUAGCCUACCGUAACGUUAGUUAGCCAUUAUGUCGUUCACAAAAACAUACAAAUUGGCAUCUGCUGAUUAGGGAGUUUACUGACACUUGUAUGUAAUGUAAUGGUUUAUUUUCUUUACCAAUGAUAUGCCAUCAUAGGGAUACCACAAUGUAACUGACAGCUAGCUAGUAGAUGGAACAACCAUUCAAUCCACUAAAACACAGGCCAAGUUAGACUAACACAUUUUUCUUGGCCUCAAAAGGAAAUGUAAACCUGAUGGUGACUGCCUCCAUUUACACCUACACCACCCCGCCCACCUUUGCUCCACACAUUUAUUGACACAUCCCCAUGGCCAUGAAGAUCCCCCACACUUACCCUCCCAUUUCCCACACCCACUGCCUCUACCGGGGGCACAGGCUGUGGUGGGCCUUCCUCCUCUCCUCCCUGUCUGUCUUCCUGGGGGGCCUGCUGGCCCUACUGCUCUGGAAGGUUGCUCACAGAGGGUUCAAUAGCAUUGGGAUUUUCAGACCCCGACGACAGCGCUGGGCACACAGACAGAGCAUUAGUGUGCAGACAGAUUUCAAUCUGAGGAAUGCCUUGAAGGAAUGGGCGUUCUCUGUGAUAUCGGCUCAACAUCUGCCUGGCAAAGUCCUAAUGGUGCUGAUAUUCUGUUUCAACAUCGGCUCCAUCGUGACCUAUAUCAUCCUCUCUACUGACCCAGUAGAGUCCUGCAUGAAAGAAUACAGCAUAGCUUUCCUCAUUGAUUUGGGCUUCAACAUCUGCCACCUUCUGUAUUUUGGGCUCAGGUUUUUGGCGGCCCAGGAUAAGCUGAUGGUUUGGGUUGACUUGAGAUCCCUGGUGGAUUUUUUCACCAUUGCUCCUUCCUUUGUUACCCUGUUUUCCCGUCGAUCCUGGCUGGGUCUGAGGUUCAUCAGAGCUCUGCACAUACUGGAGUUACCAGUGGUUCUGCAGAUUCUCAACGUUUUCAACAGCAACAGCACCACUCUGAAACUCUCCCGCCUGGUUGCCAUCCUAACAGGCACACUGCUGACCUCAGCUGGUUUCAUCCACCUGCUGGAGAACUCAGGUGACCCCUGGCUGGACUUCUCCAACCCCCAACCUCUCCACUACUUUGAGUGUGUUUACUUCCUGGUUGUUACCAUGUCAACGGUGGGCUAUGGUGACGUGGAGUUGAGGACGACCCUGGGACGCCUCUUCGUCAUCAUCUUCAUCUUUAUUGGACUGGGUCUGUUUGCCAACUUUGUCCCAGAGGUGGUUCACAUCAUCAUCAACAGGAAGAGGUUUGAUGGAAGCUUCACGGGUGUCUCAGGCAAGACCCAUGUGGUGGUGUGUGGUCACAUCACUCUGAGCAGCGCCUCUGCCUUCAUGAAAGAUUUUCUACACGAGGACAGGGGAGAGGUCGACGUCAAGGUGCUCUUCCUGGGAAACUUCCGUCCUAACCAGGAGCUGGAGGCUUUCUUCCUGAGGUGGUUCCUGAAGGUCACCUUCUACCAGGGCUCAGUGAUGCAGAGGAGAGACAUGGAGAGAGUUAAGAUGCAUAAAGCAGGAGCUUGCCUGAUCAUCUGUGACAGGUUCACCUCAGACCAGCAUAAGGAGGACGCUGCCAAUCUCAUGAGGGUGAUCUCCAUCAAACAGUAUUGUCCCAACACCAGGAUUAUAGUUCAGAUGUUGAAGCACAACAGUAAGGCGUUCCUGCAGAACGUGCCUAACUGGGACUGGAGUCGAGGUGAUGCAGUGAUCUGCCUGGCAGAGCUCAAACUGGGUUUCAUGUCUCAGAGCUGCCUUGUGCCUGGCCUCUCCACGCUGUUGACCAACCUGUUCACCAUGCAGAGUGAGAUCGAGCAGGACGGAGACACCUGGCAGAACCUGUACAGAGAGGGCCUCUACAAUGAGAUCUACACAGAGCACCUGUCCCCCUCCUUCAUAGGGAUGUCCUUUGCUCAGGCCAGCAAGCUAUGUUUCCUGAAGCUGAGGUUGCUGUUGAUUGGGAUUGAGUAUCAGAGCGGAGACCAAGAUUUUAAUGUGUUGGUGAAUCCUCCCAGUCACAUCAAAAUAAAGCUGUGGACUCUGGGUUUCCUCAUAGCCAGCAAUGCCAGUGAUGCCAGAAGGGCGAGUAUGUACUGCUCUGUGUGUCACAGAGACAUCAAGGAUUUGCCCAGGAUGAGACCCUGCAGGUGCACUGAGCAGAAAGAUGUCUCAUCUAACACCUCCGCCAUGAGUCUAGGCUUCAGACGUCCAUCACUGGGAGUUCUGCCCUUCAGCCCAGAGGGAGAGACUCUUCGAGAGAGGGAGUGUGUGUGGGAGCAGCAGCAGCAGGAGGAGCAGCAGGAGGUGAGGCUGGACUCUACAGGACUGUUCCACUGGUGCCCACCUGUUCCCCUGAAGGACAUCUCACUGACCAGACAGAGUGCCAGUACCCUGGCACUGCAGGACCACGUGGUGGUGUGUGUCUUUGGGGAUGGGGGAUCCAGCCUGCUGGGCCUGGGGGACUUCAUGAUGCCGCUGAGGGCCAGCAGCCUAACGGCCCCAGAGCUGAGGACGGUCGUCUUCCUGGGAGACCCACACUACUUCAGCAGGGAGUGGCCCAACAUACAAUACUUCCCCCACAUCUACUUCCUGCCUGGCUCUCCUCUGUGUGGGGCAGACCUGCGUGCGUUGAGGGUGGAGCGCUGUGCCAUGGUGGUGGUCCUCAGCUCUCUGUCCAGCUCCAGCGACAUUGAGCCCUCCAUGCAGGAUAAGGAGACCAUCCACUUCUGUGUCAACCUCUACCACAUCCGCUUCAGCCCCGAACUAGGCCCACGCUGCACACUCAGUCACACUCAAAGUCACGGCCACGGACAGGGGCUGGAGCUUGGUCAUGGGUUUGGUGGUCAUAACCAUGGUCUGAGCCACGACACACUAGACUUUUCCCACAUCCCUACGAUACCCGAGAAGGCUGAGGUCACCCCUGCUCACAGUGCCGGCACCACUGUCCCUCUGCUGGUAGAGCUGGUGAACAGCUCUAACGUGUGCUUUGUGAACGAGGCGGACAGCCAAGAGGACUCCUCCAGCCUGACCCUGAGCCAGGCCUUCUCUGUAGGCUCCGUCUUCUCUGUCGACCUACUGGACUCUCUCAUGGCAGCCACGUACUUCAACGCCAACGUGCCUGGUCUGAUCUGUACGCUGGUGACGGGUGGCGACACCCCCUUACUGGAGGCCCAGCUGGCAGAGGACAACCAGCUGCGGGGAGGGGAGAUGUCCGUGAAGAUGUGGGCGCUGCGCCAACGCUCCAAACUGGCACAGCUGGCACUGCAGGAUGAGCCUCUCUGCAGCCUCGCUUGUGAGGACUUCAAGGAGUUGUUCUGCCAGGCUCUGGACUCGUUGGAGAUCCUGUGUUUUGGGCUGUAUCGCCUGCUGGACCCACCUAACCCCUCCAUGAAGAGGUUUGUAAUCACCAACCCGUCAGCAGAGCUCCCGUUGUUGCCUUCAGACAGAGUCUUCUGCUCUGUACCCUUCCACCAGAGUCACCUGCUCACCCUGAGGAGAGCCAAGACCAUCAGUCACCGCCUAUGAACCUCCCCUACACCCCCGCCCUCUGCUUGGACACCACAAGAUGAAUGACUCCAAACGGAACACUAUCAAUUUGAUUUACGUAAAUCUCUUUAGAAAGUCUUUAUACAUCUUUGAAUGGAAAUUCUUCCACCCAACCACAGCAAAGCACACGCGCAGGCAAACACACAACACACUGGGAGUGCCUUGCUCAAGGGCACAAUGGUGGUAGUUUAGGAGAGAGAUGAUUUACAACCUGUAUUGUGAGUGUUUCUUCUAUACUGUACUGGUUAUGAAUAUCAAUGCCGUACAGUAGGAGACAUGACAGUGUUUGACAUUGGCUAUUAUUGUUUGCAUAGGGUUAGACAUGUUUUUAUAAUGUAGCUUUAGGUUGACAUGUAUGGUUUAUUAUUCCUAUACUGUUAUUUUUAAUAAAAAAAUAAAACAUACAUUUUAUUUAACUA